AUGUUGAGGUAUACGGGCGUUUCACUGGAGUUACUGACUGAUUACGACAUGGUGCUCUUCGUGGAACAGGGUAUAAGAGGGGGGUUGGUCCAGGCCAGCGAACGGUACUGUCGGGCAAACAACCCCAAGACGCCGGGAUACGAUGCCGAGAAACCACCAUCAUGGCUCGUCUAUCAAGAUUGCAACAACUUGUACGGAUAUGCCAUGGGGGAAUAUAUGCCCUACGGAGGGUUCAAGUGGUACGAGGGUGAUUUGGAUAGGUCUCUAGAGCUGUUGGACGGUAUGACUGACAAAUCCGACGUUGGGCGUAUCUACGAGGUCGAUAUCGCGUACCCAGACCACCUGCAUGACGCGCACAACGAUCUCCCCUUCUUACCUCGGAAUGCCACACCCCCAGGCUCAAAAGUGAACAAAUUAAUGGUCACGCUGGAACGUAAAGAGCGGUAUAUAGUGCAUUAUAGAAAUUUAAAGCAGGCCAUCGCUAACGGGUUGAAAGUGGAAAAAGUUCACAGGGUGUUGGAAUUUAAACAGUCUGCGUGGUUGGCUAAAUAUAUAAAUCUAAACACCGAAAUGAGAAAGAAGGCCUGCAAUGAAUUUGAACGUGAUUUCUUCAAACUACUUAACAACGCUGUGUUUGGGAAGACUAUGGAAUGUGUUAGAAACCGUAUAUCCAUGGAAUUGGUGUCCUGCCCCCGACGAAUGCGCAAACUCAUAAAUAAACCCACCUUCAAACACGUCACCACGUACACCGAGAAUCUGGCCGCCGUAUCCCUACAACAUAGUGACAUACGUUUCUCCAAGCCUAUUUACGUAGGUUUCGCCGUCCUCGAAAUAAGCAAGGAGUUAAUGUAUGAUUACCAUUACAAUGUGAUGCGGAGGCAUUACAACGACUCGAUUAGACUGAUGUAUAUGGAUACAGAUUCCCUGGUGUAUCGGGUGUACACUGAUGAUUUCUACAAGGACCUGGUGGACAACCCUUCGCUCCUCGAAAGGAUGGACACCUCGAAUCUAACCGAAACACAUCCGUGCUACGUUGCUACACGUAAGAAAAUACCGGGAUUGUUCAAGGACGAGACGGCUGGCCGUACUAUGUACGAGUUCAUUGCACUCCGGGCGAAAUCAUACGCGUACAAACUCGACGGGGACGAAAAACUCGUGGCCAAAGGGAUUCGAGGGCAUGUGGUCCGAAAUCAUAUGACGUUCGAGGACCACAAGCGCUGUCUGUUCGAGGUCGACGACGACGACGACGACGCUGCGGAUGGUGUCGAGAGUGAGGAGGUGGGUGAUGACGACGAAGACGACUACAUGGAGGACGACUUUGACGAUGACGCUACGUUAAAGGGUGAGGAGCUGAAACGACGUGCUCGUCUGAUGGCCCGAUCGGUCAUCAGCACGAUCCAUGAGAAUGCCGCCGCCGCUACCGCCGCCGCAAUUGAUGGCGUGGAAUUCACCCCAACACCGCUUCCACCGUACACGCCGUAUACACCGUAUAGGCAAAACGUGUCGAUCCGAUCGUUCGAGCACCGCGUCAAAACGAUUAAGACCAUGAAAAUGACACUUAAUCGUUUCGACGAUAAGCGCGUUGUCGACGACGAUCGGGUACGUACACGCGCCUACGGUCAUUACGCGUUACGCGUGUGA